AUGCUUCCUAAAAUCAAAGAGGCUAAUAGUAUUGGCCACUUUAGACCAAUUGUUAUGGAAAAUUUUAAAUACAAGCUCGUUUCAAAAAUCUUAGCUGAUAGGUUAUUUGCCAUUCUUCCCUCUAUUAUAUCGCCUGAGCAAAAAGGUUUCAUUGUUGGCAGGAAUAUUAGAGAUGGUAUAUGUCUUACCUCUAAGGCUAUAAAUCUUCUAGGCAAUAAAAGUUUCAGUGGAAAUGUAGGAUAUUUCAUGUGCUCCAAUGGUGUUAGGCAGGGAGAUCCUCUAUCUCCCCUCCUUUUCUGUCUGGUUGAGGAUGUGUUAAGUAGGGGUAUAACUAAUCUGGAUUAUGCUAAGUUCUCUGGGAAGAUUUGUAACUUAACAAAGUCUAUUAUCUAUGCAAGGGGCAUGUCUUUAGAUAGACAUUGCAGACUGGCAGAUAUAAUUGGCUUUACCAAAGCUUCCCCUCCUUUUAUUUAUCUAGGAGUGCCCAUUUUCAUUGGUAAACCAAAGGCUAAUCAUUUUAAUUUUCUUGCAGAUAACAUCAAGCUUAAAUUGGCUACUUGGAAAGCAAAUUUGUUGUCUAUGGUUGGGAGAGUUAUGUUAGUCAAGACUAUGAUUCAUAGUAUGAUGGUGCACUGCAUCACCAUCUACAACUGGCCUGCAAGUAUCAUCAAAAGCAUUGACAAAUGGAUGAGGAACUUCUUUUGGAGUGGCAACCUGGAAAAGAAGAAGCUAGUUACAGUUGCUUGGAAAAAAUGCUGCUUGAAGAAAACUGGAGAAGGGCUUGGCAUCAUCUCUUUAAAGCAUUACAACUCAGCUACAAACAUCCACUUAUGA